AUUAAGACAGCUAUACCUUCCAAGCACCUAACAUACGUACGGAUGACUAGCCACUUCUUAUUAAAAAUUUUACAACCUAUACAGUUAACGUAGGGAGGGAUAUGAAUCAUUGCACGCAUGCCAUCCACUUCACAACAUUGCAACCGAUAAUUUCCAAGCGAGUAUACUUUUCAACUUUUUUAAAACAAGUUCUACCGACUAGGCGAAUCGAUUAAUUGAACAAACGCCUAAAAAACACGCGCAAGCGUUGCACUGCUCCAUGCAUCUCUCACUGACGCGCAGCUGCAUUCGAAUAACAACUUCACUCCGCGAUGCCGAACGAAGCAGCGGUGAUAGAAGCUGAUAGCAACAGCAACAGUGACUACAGUCUACAAUUGAAUCGCUGGUUCUUGAAACCGAUCGGUGCAUGGCCCUCGUCUCCUUCCACCACAAAACUCGAGAAGAUUCUUUCGUUUCUUUUAAACAUCAUUUGCUUCGGCACCGUAACUGUCACUGUGAUUCCUAGUUUACUACUAAUAAUUCUAGAAGAUGAGAGUAUAAAUUUCAAAUUGAAGGCACUGGGUUUCGUGAGCCAUUGGAUCGUCAGCAGCCUUAAUUAUACAGCUUUGUUGUUGCAUAGCAAAGACAUACGACAGUGCAUAGAACACAUGGAAACUGACUGGCGAACGUUAAUCAGAGAGGAGGAUCAACACGUGAUGCUGAAAAACGCGAAAUUCGGUCGCUAUGUAGCGGCUUUUUGCGCCAUUUUUAUGCAGGGUAGCGUUUUGUGCUUUUGUUUCGUGACAGCGUUAAAUACAUUCGAGAUUCAAAUUGGAAACGAGACGAGAGUUUUACACGUGUUACCUUGUGCAGUAUACAAGAAGCUAGUAAACGUCGAUGAAAGUUCAAGGAACCAGAUCAUGCUUUUCUUGCAAGUUUUGUCUGCAAUUAUUGCAAAUUCUAGUACGAUUGGGAUUUUUAGUCUUGCAGCAGUCCUAGCUGCUCACGCGUGUGGUCAGCUAAACGUUGUUAUGUUAUGGAUCAAUGAAUUUGUUAAUGAGGCUAGGGGAGAGAAGACUAGUUCUAUUCAAAUUGGAGCAAUCGUGGAACGACACCUGAGGACAUUGAAUUUUAUAUCGUAUAUCGAGAAUGUGAUGAAUAAAAUAUGUCUUUUGGAAAUGCUAAGAUGCACAAUGGAUAUAUGUGUAACUGGCUAUUACAUUUUAUCAUGCAAGAAAAUUGGCGAAGUCGUUUACAUGACGAACUGGUAUUACUUACCCGGUAAAACAAUCCUCGACUUGAUUAUGGUCAUCGCACGUUCAAAUGUGGUCGUUCAAAUCACUGCAGGAAAAUUAGUUCAUAUGUCGGUUUAUACAUUUGGUAGUGUUUUGAAGACUGGUUUUGCAUACUUGAAUCUGUUGCAGCAAAUGAUUUAA